UGGCUGUGCUGUAGGCAACCGCUAAACUGCCUCUCGUCAGGAGGGUUAUGAAAGCAAAACUGUGUUAUGUGUAUUAUAUAGGAUUACUUUGGACCUAAGGAAGAAGAUGUAAAUUACCGGUUAUACAUUGGAAUUAUGUAAACUAAUUGACAAGUGUGUUAAAACGUGUUCAUGUAAACAAGUUUCACGUAAGUCAAGUUUAUAUUCGGCUUAUAAAAGUAGCUUUCUAAUGUUGCUUUUCUAGACAGACAGGUCUACAGUAGUAGAGGGGGAAACAGUGCACUUACAGUUUCUCUGCAGCUGUCAGGCAACGUGCUUUUCCCUUACUUCACUAACAGUGUCGGUGCAUUUGCAUUCAUGCAAUUAUAUUUUUAUGAACUCUCUUAGAACUAUACAUUUGAACGUUUGUCUGUUCACACUCGUGAAUGAAUAGUCAUUUAAUUCCCAAUAAUAGAGCUGUCAGUCGUACUGUAGAUAAAUUCGUGCUUUACACCUAUACCUUUCUGAUGUUGGGGAAAUGAUUUGAGCUGCUUUCAGAAGUUAUUUGUUUUUUCCUCCUAUAUGAUUCACGAUUAUUUAAAUGCUGUGAAACCUGUUUACCUCUGUGCCGUUGUCACACACCGUGGAAACAGAUCAUCAGAGGAUCAUGCCUGUUACAAAAGCUCAGUUUUAUUUAGGGAUCGGCAUGGUGCUAUUUGUUUCACUAAGUCUGAUGUGAAAUCCAUGUGUGCGCUCAGCCAAGUGACUUACACAUUUCCACCGCACAAAGAAAGACCGUGUCAAAAUGCAAUUAGUUUAAACUGAUAUUUUGUUUUUAAAAUGUCAAAAAAUUAAAAUAGCAGUUUUUUUUUUUUUUUUUUUUUGCCAGACUGUAGGUCAAUAGGCGUGGCUCAUUAAUAUUAAUUACCUACAGCCUCUGGACACUUCAUCAUUACCAAGCAACGUCAGGUAUGUUCACACCGAACACGUUUUUCCUGUAUCUGCGCUGUUUUUAAAGUUAUUUUCCUGUGGAAACACGCGCUGGACGGACGUCUUUGACCACUGAGGCGAGUCUCGCUGUUUUUUCAGCGUCUGACGCAGGAGCGCAAAGUUAACUUUUAAAAACGCGUCUCAAAGUCUCCUGCGUUUUGUGUCAUUCCUUGCAGCGUUUGGUGUGAACGGCCCCUUAAAUUAAUAUUAAUUGUGUGUAUAAUGGUAUUGGGCGUGCCUCUACUCUUCCUCAUGUAUUAUUCAUGAGAGCCUGGAGUGACAGACAGAGUCUGAGUAACCGCGUGAGUGGACUACCAAGUGCAUAAGGACAGACAGGCUUUUAAAACCCAUCUGACAAGGAACUCCAGUGGAGUUUCUAAUACAGCCAUGGAGAUGUCCACAUCCCUCAAGAUGAGCUCCAUGACCACCCAGAGUCUCUUCAGCUACGUGGAGGAGGAAAAUCUAUCGGCCAUCAAAGCUCAUCUGGACAAAUACAGAGAAGUGGACACCAGAAGUGAUAAUGGUCAGACUCCUCUGAUGGUGGCGUCAGAGCAGGGCAGUCUAGAGAUCGUGCAGGAGCUCAUCAAGAGAGGAGCAAAUGUCAACUUGGAUGAUAUUGACUGCUGGACUGCACUGAUUUCAGCUGCUAAGGAGGGACAUGCUGGGGUGGUGAAGGAACUGUUAGAGAACAAUGCUAAUGUUGAGCACAGAGAUAUGGGGGGCUGGAGCGCUCUCAUGUGGGCCGCUUAUAAGGGUCGUGUGGAGGUGACACGUCUACUGCUGCAGAAAGGAGCAAACCCAAACAUCACUGGACAGCAGUACAGUGUUUACCCAAUCAUCUGGGCAGCAGGAAGAGGUCAUGCAGAGAUAGUUCAGCUGCUGAUUCAGCAUGGAGCCAAAGUCAACUGCUCUGACAAGUAUGGCACCACACCCCUGAUCUGGGCUGCCAGGAAAGGCUAUUAUGACUGUGUGGUGCACCUUCUGGAGAAUGGGGCCAAUGUGGACCAGGAAGGAGCGAACUCAAUGACGGCUCUGAUAGUGGCUGUACGUGGUGGUUUCACUGAAGUGGUGAAAGAGCUACUGAAGAGAAAUCCCAACAUGAAUAUGACUGAUAAAGACGGCAACACAGCACUGAUGAUCGCUGCCAUAGAAGGCUGGACUGAGAUCGUACAGGACUUACUGGACGCUGGCACAUAUGUCAACAUCCCUGAUCGGAGUGGUGACACUGUACUUAUCGGUGCUGUCAGAGGAGGCCAUGUGGAGAUUGUCCGAGCUUUGCUUAAUAAAUAUGCUGAUAUUGAUGUCACAGGCCAGGACGGUAAGACUGCCCUGUACUGGGCUGUAGAGAAAGGCAAUGCAACCAUGGUACGAGACAUUCUGCAAUGCAACCCUGAUACUGAGGCCUACACUAAGGAUGCAGAAACCCCUCUCAUAAAAGCCACUAAGAUGAGAAACAUUGAAAUUGUGGAGCUGCUUCUGGACAAAGGUGCCAAGGUGUCAGCAGUGGACAAGAAAGGAGAUACAGCCUUGCAUAUUGCCAUUCGUGGAAGAAGCCGUAAGCUUGCUGAGCUGCUCUUAAGGAACCCUAAAGAUGGCCGCCUGCUCUACCGACCAAACAAAGAGGGCGAGACUCCUUACAACAUUGACUGCACCCACCAGAAAAGCAUCCUCACCCAGAUAUUUGGAGCCAAGCACCUGUCUCCCUCUGAGUGUGAUGGGGACAUGCUGGGAUAUGACCUGUACAGCAGUGCUCUGGCUGACAUCCUCAGCGAGCCCACCAUGCAGCCGCCCAUCUGUGUGGGGCUCUAUGCCCAGUGGGGCAGCGGCAAGUCCUUCCUGCUGAAGAAACUGGAGGAUGAGAUGAAGACAUUUGCAGGGCAGCAGGUGGAGCCGUUGUUCCAGUUCUCGUGGUUGGUGGUGUUUUUGACUUUGCUGCUGUGUGGAUCUGUGGCUCUGGUCCUGGGCUUCACUGUUGACCCAAAGCUGGCCAUCGCUGUGGCCCUCAGCCUGCUCGCCCUGAUGUACAUCUUUUUUGUUUUGGUGUACUUUGGUGGAAGGAAAGGAGGGGAGGGUUGGAGCUGGGCCUGGGUCCUCAGUACCAGACUGGCCCGUCACAUCGGCUACCUGGAGCUGCUGCUCAAACUCAUGUUCGUCAAUCCCCCUGAGCUUCCGGAACAAACCACCAAAGCCUUGCCCGUCAGGUUUCUGUUCACAGACUAUAACCGUCUGUCGAGUGUGGGAGGGGAGACAUCCAUGGCAGAAAUGAUAGCCACACUGUCCGAUGCUUGUGAGAGAGAAUUCGGCUUCUUAGCCACCAGACUCUUCAGAGUCUUCAAAAAUGAUGAAAAUCAAGGAAAAAAGUGGAAGAAGACAUGCUGUGUCCCUUCCUUUGUGCUCUUUGUGUUGACAACGGGUUGUCUGAUCACUGGCAUAACCCUGCUGGCCAUCUUUAAGGUGGAUGCAGAGAAUCUUACCAUAAAUGCUGUUCUGAUCGCCAUGGCCAGUGUGGUGGGUCUGGCUUUACUGCUGAACUGUCGAACCUGGUGGCAGGUGGCUGACUCUGUGCUGCACUCUCAGAGGAGGAGAUUGCUCAAUGCUGCCAACAGCAUGCACAAGCUCAAGAGUGAGGGAUUCAUGAAGGUUCUGAAGUGUGAAGUGGAGCUCAUGGCUAAAAUGGCCAAAACCAUUGAUGGCUUCACUCAGAAUCAGACCCGACUGGCUGUCAUCAUUGAUGGCCUGGAUUCCUGUGAACAGGACAAAGUACUGCAGAUGCUCGAUACGGUUCGAGUGCUCUUCUCUAAAGGCCCUUUCAUCUCCAUUUUUGCCAGCGACCCUCAUAUCAUUAUCAAAGCCAUAAACCAGAACCUCAACAGUGUGCUACGCGACUCAAACAUUAAUGGCCACGACUACAUGCGAAACAUCAUCCACCUGCCGGUGUUCCUCAACAGCCGUGACCUCAGCACUGCCAAGAGACUCUGCAUCGCCUCACCAGCCAAUGCAGACCAACUUAACACUGACGCAUGGCAAGAGGAUAUGGACAGGAUGUUGUCUCAGAACAGUCUUGGAGAGCAGGGCAGGCAGGGCAGUAAAACCGCGCUGAACCGCAGGGAAACGUACCGUAGAAGACAGAUGCAGCGUACUGUAACACGGCAGAUGUCCUUUGACCUGACCAAGAUGCUGGUCACUGAGGACUGGUUCAGUGACAUCAGCCCUCAAACUAUGAGGAGACUGCUCAACAUUGUCUCCGUCACAGGUCGUCUUCUCCGAGCCAAUCAGAUCAUAUUUAACUGGGACCGACUGGCAUCAUGGAUCAACCUGACGGAGGAGUGGCCAUACCGCACAUCCUGGAUCAUCCUCUUCCUAGAGGAGACUGAUGGAGUCUCUGAUCAGGUCUCACUGAGGAUCAUCUAUGAGAGGAUCUCUAAAAGCAUCCCCACCACUAAAGAUGUGGAGCCCCUGCUGGAGAUCGAUGGUGAUAUUCGUAGUUUUGAAGUGUUCCUUUCCUCGCACACUCCUGUUCUCACCGCUCGUGAUGUGGAGAUGUUUCUGCCCUGCACUGUCAACCUGGAUCCCAAACUAAGGGAGAUCAUUGCAGAUGUGCGAGAUGCACGCGGGCAGAUGCAACUUGGAGGAGUCAGCUAUCCCACAGUGCUCCUGCAAGAUGCUUCGGCCCAGCCGCAGUCUGCGUUUGGGCAGCACUCUUUGGACUGCUCUCCCACAGGCUCUUUCCCUGGUUCUUUCCCCUCUGCUGGAGUGCUGCCGCCUGCCCAGCCACACAGCAGCUACUUCAGUGGGCUUACCGGCCCCCAGCAUCCCUUCUACAACCGGCCUUAUUUCCCUCAUCAUGUUUAUCAUCUGCCUCGCUAUUACCCAGACAACCCCCAUCACGCCCCUUCACGCCCACCUACUAAACUCCAUAUGGGCCCCAGCAUGGGACUAGGUGUAAUCAGAGAGGACUCCAGUGAGGGUCUUCCCUCUCCUACAUCCACCUCUAUGAUCAAAGCUCAGCCCUUCAGUGUGAAGCAGGUCUCUGGUUCUGGGGUUUCUAGUGGGCCUCAGGUCCUCCUCAGUUCCCUGAGCAUUGAGGGUGUGUGUGAGAAACUCAAACAGAUCCAGGGCCUGGACUUUAGCAUGCUGGAUCAGUACAUCAGCACAAUCAAAAAGGCCAAUGUGAACGGUCGGGUUCUGUCUCAAUGCAACAUCGAUGAGCUCAAGAAGGAAAUGAACAUGAACUUUGGAGAUUGGCAUCUCUUCAGAGCAAUGGUUUUAGAGCAGCGUCAUAUGGAGAACCAGCUGUUGCAUGAUGAAUCGGGAGCAUGCAGUGAGCAGAGUAGCAGCGUGAUGAGUCAACAUGAGCCUCAUAGACCUUCUCAAGCACCACGAGACAUGACCAUCAACCCAGAAAACUUCACAUACAGCCUCAACCUGAGCUUUGAAGAGCUCAGCAGUGUGGGACUGGAGGAGUCCGCCAGACAACACAAUGCCCAAUGUCUGGCCAACAAUCACAGGACAGCCAGUAUUUCCAGCCUGAACUCUCAGGAAUCUUCCAAUGACAUCUGUAUGCUGACUGAUAAACAACAGGCUGAGUAUCGCAAUGCCUACCAGGAGUACAUCACCCACGUGGCCCAGCUUGAUGUCUCUGUUCCUGGACGAGAGAAUCCUGCUAAAGCCCAGACCAACCUCCAACCCAACUCUGAAGGCAAGUCUAUGGAGAAUGAGCACGAUGGAUGGAAACCUUUGACAAAAAAAGGCUCCAAACCUAGAGACAGUGUGACAGACUUCUCCUCUGCCCCAGAUGGUGGCCUCCUAGAUCCCAUCACAGAGGAGGAUGAGAAGUCGAUGCCUGGAUCUGCCAGUAAAGUCCCAUUCAGACGCAAAACCAAAGGCCAGGGACCGAGUUACCACAGUGUGCCCAGCGAUGAAGAGGAGACAGGGGAUGAGGAGACGGAUGCCACCCCACUGCUGAGGGAGGAAGACUGGGCUGCUGAGCAAGAUCUUGGUCUCUUAGCCAAGAGGAAAAGCUUCAUUUCAGACAUUAUGCUGGACAAGAGAUCAUUUGACUCUGGCAUGAGAUCCAGCAGGAGCUCAUCUGAUCACUCACUACAAGCUGAAGAGAUCGAUCCAGCUCAGGAGAAAGAGAAGUCCAUUGAGAAGAAAAAGGAGGAGACCCAUCUGAUUGAGCUAGUUCUUGAGAGUCCGGUAAAGAAGCGAGUCCUACCACAUAGGUUGAGUAACCUGCAAGAGGAGGCUGUGGCCCGGAUGUCCAUCUGUUCUGAUGCUCUGUCUGAGAGCAGCCUUCUGGCCAGCAGCCCUGAGGAGAGCUGGCCUGCUUCAGCUAUGAGCAACCUCAACUGCUCACCUGAUAAUGCAACACCCAACAACAACAUUAACAACAGCAGCCAGCAUUCUGUCCUGCAGCAGGAGACACCCAGCUCCACUGACUCCCCAUUACUGAUUAUAGGGCCCGGCUCCAGCACCGAGACCACACCGCUGCCCAACCAGAACCUGCGUGGAAUCCACCUGAAGAGAGCAGCAUCAACCGGGGCUGCAAUUGAUGCUUCUGAGGAACGAGAGAGUGUUCUGUAAGAACCAAAUGAAAAGGGAUAGUUCACCCCAUAAGGAAAAUUCUGUCAUCAUUUACUCACCCAAAUGUUGUUCCAAAACCAUAUGAAUGUCUUUUUUUUUUUUUUUUUUACCAUGGAACACGAAAGGAGAUGUUAGGCAGAAUGUCAGCCUUGGUCAGCCUUCGCUUUCUUUGCAGGCUAACAUUCUGCCUAAUACUUAUAUAAGUUUGGAACAACAUGAGGGUGAGUAAAUGAUGACAGAAUUUUCAUUUUUGGGUGAACUAUCCCUUUAAAGCAAUGUAAAGCAGUCUGUAACGAGUGGCAAAUUUGUGCAUUUUAGUUGUGUGGAGAGGCUGUAUUCAUUCAACUCUUUAAAACACUAUUAGAUUAGAACACUUGGAUUAGAUUCUUUGAAGAUUUUACAGAUCAGUUCAAAAUCAUAAUAAAUGUGCUCUUAGUCAGAGCAGUAGUGCAGAAGUAGCGUGUGUGCUCUUGCGACAUUACAGCUCAUUAGAGUCCAGACUGCGUCAACUCCCGAACAUAUUUUCAUCUCUCCUCACCCUUCAUUUUCCUGUCUAAUAAAACAACGGCCCAAGAAAGUGCUCCUAAAUUGACUGGAUUAGGGAAAAAAUAAUAGACACGUUGUAGCUCUUGUUGGAGCAGUGUUAAAGGGAUAGUUCACCCAAAAAUGAAUAUUCUCUCAUCAUUUACUCACCCUCAUGCCAUCCUAGUUGUGUAUGACUUUAUUUCUUCUGCUGAACACAAACAAAGAUUUUUAGAAGAAUAUCUCAGCUCUGUAGGUCCAUACAAUGCAAGUGAAUGGGCUCCAAAAAGCACAUAAAGCCACAUAAAAGUAAUCCAUAAGACUCCAGUGGUUUAAUCCAUGUCUUCAGAAGUGAUAUGAUAGGUGUGGGUGAGAAACAGAUCAAUAUUUAGGUCCGUUUUUACCAUAAAUUCUCCUCAUUUCCCAGUUGGUGGCGAUAUGCACAAAGAAUGCAAAUCGCUAAAAACAAAAGAAGAUGAUUGUGGAAGUAAAAGUGAAAGUGGAGAUUGAUAUUUUUCUCAACCACACUUAUCACAUUGCAUCUGAAGAUAUGGAUUUGACCACUAGAGUCAUAUGGAUUACUUUUAUGCUGCUUUAAUGUCCUUUUGAAGCUUCAAAAUUUUGGUCACCAUUCACUUGCAUUGUAUGGACCUAAAAAGCUGAAAUAUUCUUCUAAAAAUCUUUGUUUGUGUUCAGAAGUAAGAAAGUCAUACACAUCUGGGAUGGCAUGAGAGUGAGUAAAUAAUGAGAGAAUUUCCAUUUUUGGGUGAACUAUCCCUUUAAAAUAUGAUGCAAUAAACAGUUUGUGAAGCCGUUUCUAGUUUCUGAUUUGUUAGAGCAAAUGUUAUUUCAUGCUGCUUUGCCAACAUUAAAGAUGUAGUGUAGAUUGGUCCUUAUUAACAUCAUUUAGUAGGGUGGGGAUUUAACCACACAGAGUUGGUGUUUUUGCUGUGAUCGGUAUUGUAAAAGCUGUUACGUAUUUGAAAUUGAAUUGACUGGUUCAUUUUGGUCAUCCCUCUAUUUUGUGUUCAGCGUUGUGUAGUGUUUGGUUAAAAUGAGUGAAUCUGUUUUUGCACAUCAGCGUUACAUUAAGAGAAGAGCAAGAAAUAACAGUGGUUUCUGUGAGGCAUGUUUUGCAUGUAUGCCAAGUCGUGACAUUUCCUCAAACUGUUUUGUCCUAUUUUCUCGUAGUAGGCUAAUAAACCUGCUUUUUAAAUACA